UGUUAACUUUGUCAUUUGAAUAUGUAUGAAGCAGAGCAAUUGUAAAAGUUUCAUUAUCUAAAAUUUUCAUAUGUAAAUACAGGAUUCUAAUUGCUCGACUCUGGAGGCUGCUUUGCUGGCUAUAAUUUAGUUGCUUUAGAUUAUUGGGCGUCAAUUUUUAAGCUUUGCCAAGGGCUCUUUUUACAAGUUAUGAUGACCACUUUGCCUGGAGAGAAAUGGGAAGGUUUGGUUUCAAAUGAGAUUUAGAAUAGGUAAAAAGAACUAAACUUUGUAAUUGUGGUAAAAGGGUCUUUUGCUUAGAAUUUGAAGGAGAGAAAUUUGGAUGGGAUAUUGAAAGUGGGGUUAACUGGAAUAGCAAUAUGGUAAAAUUUUGUGGUGGGGUUGAUGAUGAUGAUGAUGAUAUAGAGUCGUUGUUGGUAAACAAGAGUUCAGAUUCAGAAGGGGGAGAAGAUACUGGAGACAGAGUAGUCGAUAUAGUGAAGCUUAAGAAGAAUGCUAGGAAGCCUCCCAAGCCGCCAAGACCUCCUAAAGGUCCAUUAAUAUUGGACGCUGCAGAUAGGAAGUUGGUUAGGGAGCUGGCCGAGCUUGCCAUGAGAAAGCGUGCAAGAGUUGAACGCAUUAAGGCACUGAAGAAGAUGAAAGCAGCCAAGGCGUUAUCUUUGAACAGCGGCCUAUCUGCCAUGGUCAUCACACUUAUCUUCUUCCUCGUUAUAACUUUUCAAGGAUUCAGCUCCAGAAGCAGUGCAAGUGUGAGGUUACAUGGUUCUCCUGAGCUAGCAGUGGCCGCAAGUGAAAGUUUAAUUUCAGUUCAGUAUUACAAGGACUCUUUUGCCUAUGAAAGCAAUGGACCUGGUUCCGGCUCUCUCAGUUUUGCAGAAGAGCAAGUUUCUGGUUCACUUCCAUGGGAAGAAGUGGGUGAAAUUGCUAGAUGAUACGAGGUCAUUGAAGACGUGACCAUGUAAGUGCUCGUAUCCAGGGUAUCAUGGCAGCUCAUUGGGACUUUAUUUUUUUCCCUUUUCAAAUUAACUUUGAGGCUGUGCCUGACUAUGUUGGCUUCUGACUUCUGUAUAUAUGCAUAUGUUAGAAAGCUCCGGUAGAUGUUAGUAGAA